GUUAAAGAGAGUAAAGCGGGGAAAGUGAAUCAGUAUGGAAGAAAAUGAUCACGGCAACAGAGACGUGGUGGAGCGGCAGGAGUCGGCGGAUGAAUCCAACAGAGCCAUCCUUCCCCUGUUACAGGCGCCGGGGAACCUGCAGAUCCCUCACCGGGUCACCAAUUUCUUCAUCGACAACAUCCUGCGGCCGGAUUUCGGUCGGAAAAAGGACGCGGGCGCAAACCGCGAAGAGAGUAGCCUGGCAUCGCGGGAGAGCCACAACAGCCCCGCCGCGCCUCAGACCGAGCCAGUGGGGAGCACGGUGCCGGCGGAGGGGACCUCCACCCCGCACACGGUUACCGGGGCCAAGAAGCCCGCUAUAGCCGCCGAAGAGCCCCUGAAACCCCGCGGGGAGAACGGAGACCAGUGCCUAAGCUCAGACUCAGACAGUUCCCAAGCCAGCUCAAACCCAUCAUCAACGUCUCAGCCCAUGCUGUGGCCAGCCUGGGUCUACUGCACCCGAUACUCGGACAGGCCUUCUUCAGGGCCAAGAUCUCGCAAACCAAAGAAGAAAACAGCCAGCAAAGAGGACAAGCGACCACGGACGGCCUUCACAGCAGAGCAGCUGCAAAGACUAAAAUCGGAGUUUCAGACAAAUCGCUAUCUGACCGAGCAGAGGCGGCAGAACCUGGCGCAGGAGCUGGGCCUGAACGAGUCCCAGAUCAAGAUCUGGUUUCAGAACAAGAGGGCCAAAAUCAAGAAGGCCACCGGCGCUAAAAACAGCCUGGCCUUGCACCUGAUGGCACAGGGACUGUACAAUCACGCCACCGUCACGUCGAAAGACGAAAAAUCAGACAGCGAUUGAUUUCCAGAGAAGUCACAGCAGCCUCCUGACGAAACAGAACCUAUAGUAGUCCUAUGAUAGAUGUGUUUUUUUUUUUUUUUGUUAAAGAGAUAUCACUGCGAAAGUCUACCUACAGGAAUAUUUAAUGACACCACAGCAGAUUUAAAAAAAAAAAAAUACCAUAAAGUUCUAUACCAUGACAGGAAAUGAAAAUAAAUAAAUCCACAGUGAGGUCAGUGGACUGCAGAGAGUCCCCCCACCCCCCACAGGGUUAUUUAACGACGCCACAGAGUCUCUAUAGGAAUAUUAUGGUGACUUUUCGUGAUAUGGGAGGUUUUGUCAAGCCUACAAUGCAAUAAUUUCAUCGAAUAAAAGGGCCAGUGUGUAGAGUAUACCAGCAUAAAAUCGUUUUAAACAAAAACAAAAUAACAAAAAAAUAGAGAGAGAGAUAUUUCUGCAAUAUCACGUCUAUAAAAAGAUGUUGUAUAAAGGUAUGUUUUCACUGUUUGCCCCCCCCCCACCCCCACCCUCACCCCUCUCACCCACCCAACAGGAGGUUACCAAUGCUUACACCCCUUCUUUUUUUCCUAUAGGCCUACUGCUAUCCCCCCAUGAUUGUCAUCACUUUUUUUUUUUUUUUUUGUUACAUCGAUACUUAAAAACUGGCACUUUCCAUCUGUCAGUGUGGAGCGAAAACAAAAACUGAAGUCCAAAGAAUAUUUUUCUGCUGCAUCCAGGCUACUGUGAAUUUAAAAAUAAAUGCUAACACGACUUUUUUUUUUUUUUUUUAAUGUUAUAUUCCACGCUUUGUUGGGGUUAUUUUUUUCUCCUUUUUGGUUGUUUUAUUGGUGUAUAAGAAAACUUAAAAUGAGAAAAUAAGAAAAAGACACAAUGGACAGAGAAGGUGGUUUUUAACGAGUUGCUAAUUGGGCAGACGAUGAAUUUUUGAUACUUUUUUUGUAAAAAGAGAAGGAAAAAUAAGUUUUAAAAAAAAAAAACAAACAUCACCGAGCAACAGUUUAUCAUCAUCACCACUGAAGGAGGGAGGGAGCGGAUCUUUUCUUCUUCUUUUUUUUUUUUUUUUCUAACGCCACUGAACUAACAUGCUAAGCUAGGGCCUUCUGCUUCUGUCUGUGGUCGUCUCAUCAGCCUUUUUUUUUAAAACGGAUAUGCGUGCGUAAUCCCCCCACCCUUCCUUGUGCCAAUGCAUCAGUGCAGCUAUUAUAGUUUCUAAAAAAAAAAAAAAAAAUAGCAAUAUGAAUCAUUCUUUUGUAGCUAAACGAAUUGAAGGCUAUGAUGCUGCCUGUUAAAGUCACAGAAACAACUCUGUAGCAUAAAGACAAUGAUGACAACCCUUUUUUUGCGCACUCUUCCGAGCAUAGACUAUUAAAAAAAAAGCAGGUUAUUGGAUGUUCUUGUUAAAUCUUUCUCUAUAUACAGUUUUAUUACAUAUCCAUAUA